AUGUAUAUUAGUUAUGCUGAGUAUGUGAACAUGAUUGCUAAUAUGGUUGGGGAGAGCGAUGAAUACAAAUUGGAGAAAAUAGUUGGCAUUCUACUUUCAUGUGAUGCAUCUGGUGAGCAGUUGUGCCAUAAAAUUGAAGAAGUAGUUGAAAAGCGGCUUGCACUUGAUGUUGCAGAUGGCUUAGCUAAGAUUACACAGAGCUUCUGUGGAAGCGACCGGAGCAGUGUUUUAUUUGAGGAUGUUGAGUUGUUUGAUGCAUUGUUUGCAGGUGAAGAGAAGAGAAUGCUCCUUGAGGUGAUUAGAAGCGAAGUAUUUGACAAGCUUUAUGUGGUGCUGAAAGGAUGGAAGAUGUACUUUUUGAAUCGGAUAUUGUGUAACAGUAAGGCAUUUGAGUACUUUCUUGUGUAUCAGUUGGAGCCUGAACAGAGUAUGAAGGCCAAGGAGAUGCUAAGAACAGAAGGCGUAGUGGCAUUUACAAAAUACAUUGAGCACGAUGCACUGAGCCAGAUGAGCGGAAGUAAGAUAGUUGAUCUUGAAAGAACAUCAUCGAAUGCAAGCACGCAUGUGAAGAAGAGAGAUUAUCCAAUAGAUGCAGAGGUGAAGUAUGCGGAUGGAAUUGAGACUGUGUAUGUGCGUGGAGGUAAGAAAGAUGUUGAUUUUGACAAUAGAGUACCUGAGGAUGUUAAAUUAUUUUUUGAAGAGGGAUUUAAGUUUAACUAUGUGCAGAGUGUUGUUUAUGAUGCGGUGAUUAAUGACUCAGGUAAUAUUCUUGUAUGUGCGCCUACUGGGAGUGGAAAGACGAUUAUUGGAGCGCUCUCUAUAUUCAAGGUUGUAAUGAAGCGAAGGAAGAUGGAUGAUGGAAAGAAUGUUGAUGCAGAGCAUAAGAAUAAGAUUGGAUAUGUGGUGCCUAUGAGGGCGCUUGCAAGAGAGAUUUCAAUAACUCUUGGACGGAUGUUUUCUAGACAUGGAAUGAGAGUUGUGGAGCAUACAUCUGACACGGAUGUUGGAUACAAGCACCUGGACAAAGCAGAUGUGAUAGUGUGCACGCCUGAAAAGUUAGAUGCAUUGACAAGAAAUACUGGAUUUAGAUUUGAGGUUCUAGUGAUUGAUGAAAUCCAUAUGCUUGAUGAAGACCGAGGCGCAACGAUAGAGGCACUUGUUGCACGGAUGUCUAUAAGGAAUGGAUGUAGGAUUAUUGGAUUGAGUGCAACGCUUCCGAACCAUACAGAUGUUGGAAGGUUUCUGAAAUGCAGGGAACAAAAUAUGUUUUUAUUUGGCAAUGAAUUCCGAAGAUGUGCGAUGGACUAUGAACUGAUUAAUGUUGGUAUGAGGGAGAUGGAGAAGAGUAUUGUGAUUGAGAAGGUUCUGGAGAGUAUGGAAGUGGAUGGACCUGUGCUUGUGUUUGUGCACUCAAGGAAGGAAGUCGUGGAGAUGGCGAAUGAGUUGAGAAGGUAUCUUCAAGGGCAUGAGUGCAAGGAUGUGGAUGAUGAACUGCUGGUUGAUGCACAAGGAUUUAUUAGAGAAAUAGUGAGACACCGUAUUGGGAUACAUCAUGCAGGAUUGAGCAGAAAGAUAAGAACAGCUAUGGAGGAGCUGUAUAAGAAUGGACGCAUUGAUGUGAUGGUUUGUACUUCAACACUUGCUUGGGGUGUGAAUCUACCUGGACGGACUGUUAUUAUCAAAGGAGCAGAUGUCUAUGACACGGAUAUGUGUGAGUGGAAAUCGAUUAGGCAGACUGAGAUACUGCAAAUGUUUGGUAGAGCAGGACGUUUUGGAGAUGAAAGAUGCAAGGGUAUCCUUGUGUCAAGUAAGCAAACAGAGUUUUUGGUUGAAAGAUGCAUUGAAUCGAGACUGCUUCCAAGGUUGUGUGAUUUUUUGAAUGCAGAGAUUGCAAGUGGAAUGAGGAAGUUUAGCGAAGCCACGGAUUGGUUUAAGCAUACUUUUUACUAUGCAAGACUUGUGAUGAUGAAUAGAGAAUCAGGUAAGGUUGCCAGGGAACUUGUGUAUAGUGCAUUGAAGCACCUUGAAGCAGAAGGGUUGAUUGUCUUUGAUCCGUUUAUGCAUUCAACAUGUAUAGGAACAGUUGCAUCUCGAUACUGCUUAAGCUACCGAGAUUCGUCAAGAAUGUUUGCUGGCCUGUGCAGUUUGAUGACGGAUUCGUCGAUGCUUUCGAUGAUUGCAAAGAUGAAUGAAUUUAAAGGAAUUAACGCGCAUAAACGAGAGUUUGAUAUUGAAGAUGUAGAAAAUAUGGUUCCUAUUCCAACAGAAUCUACUUUUGGUAUUCUUGUUCAAUGCUAUGUUGCUAACAGGAUUGAAUCAACUGUGUUGUCGCAGAACCUACCAAGGAUGCUUGCGGCAUUGUUUGAGACAAGUGUAAGGAAAAAACUGGGUGUUUGUAGAAGAGUGAUUCGGUGGUACAAGACUGUUGUACAUAGGAUAUUUCCGUAUCAAACACCAUUGAGACAUUUUUGUACAGACUAUGAGGCACUUAAGAUGCUUGAGAUGAAAGAGAUUCCGUUUUCGAUGCUGGAAGUGUUGGGAAGGGAAGGACUUACAGAGAUAGGUAUUAGCACUGAUGUAAUGGACAAUCUGAAGUAUGUCCCCAGGUUCUAUGUCUCUUCUAGUGUCUAUAUGUGUAAUGAUGGAUACUAUGUGAUAAAUAUUGGGAUUGAAAAGACAUUUGAUGAUAGUAAGUGCAGUGAAGACAGAUAUUAUAUUUUGAUGACAGACUCAAGAGAUAGAGAUUUGGUUGUUUGUGACACAAUAGUGUUUGGAAAUGGUGUUUAUGUGAGCCAGAACUACGCAGUAAAUACAAGGUCGCCAUUCCUGAAUAUAUAUGUGCUUUCUGCAAAUUAUCUGUGUCCUGAGGAUCCGAGUGUUCUUAGUCUUGUGAAAGCAAGUAGUGUUGGAAGCUCGAUGUUUAGUAGUGUAUGGAAAGAGCUCAUUAUUGAUACGCUGAGCAAAAGCCACGGAAAUGUGGUGAAACUGGGAUUAUCAGAUGGAUUGAUAUGCACUAAAGCUGUGAUUGUGUCGGAGUAUCGAGAAAGACGAAGGCUGAGGAUGAUGGGAUAUGAUGCAUAUGUGUAUGAUGAGUUUGUUUCAAGACGAGUUGUUUGCGAGUCAGUCACAAUUAUGGAUGUGCACAAUAUCUUUUCGAAUCACCUUAUUGAAACAUGCAUAGCACAGUGUAUAAUUCAAGGUAUCAGAAUGAUUCUUGUUGGACUUCCAUUUGCUGAUGGUGCUGAUAUUGAAUAUCUUGGUAAUAUUGAACAGUAUGAAGAAGUGAAUAAUAGUGAAUAUAAUGAAAAGCAUCAUGUGCAAUACAGAAAGGAAGAAAGCACCAAGAUAUCUGUGUAUGGAUCAUCUAGCCUUACAUAUCAUGGAGAAAUACAAGAUUACUUGAAUGAGUUUGAGUUGAAUACUAACAACAUGAGCAAUGAUGCAUCAUGUCUUGUGAUUGUUCCUGUGCAGAGUUCAUGCAAAUAUUUUAUAAAUAGAUUCAGGAAUGCAAAGAUUGCAGUUGAGUUUGCUUGUAUUGGAAGAGGAGUGUAUCUUGCUACACGACGAAGCAUUGAUAUGUGGAUUAGUGCAGGAUGGAAUCCAUGUGUAGAUCAAAUUCAUGUUAUUGGAACGGUGUAUUAUGAUCAUGAGUCUCAAAUGUAUACAGACUAUAAAGUGGCUGAUGUAUAUAGGUAUUCCAUGCUUGGUUCACGUGUGUUUAUAUACACAAAGCAAAGCAAGGCACUGUUGUAUUUGAAAGAUGGUAAGGUUCCAAUGUAUUACCGUUCAUCAGGAAGAGCGGAACUGGGAUUAUACGCUUAUUGGAUAGGAUGCAGUCUUAGCAAAUAUAUGAUAUGCACGCCUUUGCUUGUUGAAGAGGAAGGACUGACUAGGUAUGGACAGAUUCUCUGUAAAUAUGGAGUGUGUAUUGACACGAUUAGGAUGUUUAUAGACAAUGUGAAAGACAAGAUGGGAUUGAAAAACAUUCUUUUGCUUGUUUGCAGAGCAGAGGAGCUUAUGCUCUGUAUGGAUCACGAUGAGUACAAGACAUUGAGUAGUAUCGGAGUUGAUGUUAGUAAGGGAAAAGCACAUGGGCUUGCAUGCUAUGAUUUUGUGAAUGAACAUCAAUGCCUCGAAGUGCUGCAGUAUUAUGUUGAUUGUGUCUUGCCAAUUAUUUACAGAAUGUAUUUGUGCUUACUUGAGGUCUCAUUGGAAAAGAUGUACCUAAAAACUGCAUUCAACGUGAUGUUUGGAUUGCAAGGGAUCACAAAGAAGAUCUGUAUGAUACAAGAUAAGUUCUACAAAUCGAAGAUUGUUGGAGACCACGUUGUUGUUGAAGUGAUGCACAUGCCUGAUGCACCUGUUGGAUUUGUGAUUUUCUUUCUGUUUUCAGGUUCUAAUGAGUCUGAGAUUCUCAAAAUUGAGUCACCUGGGGUGUAUAAUGUUGAAUGGAAGAGCAAAGUCUGUUAUGUUGUGAAUGACUAUUUUGGAGGGUUUGACACGAUUGACUGUGAGUUGAUAGAUGGUAAUGCUAGUGUUUAA